ACGAGUCUGCACGUGAAUUUUCCCUGGGCUCUCGGCUGUCUUGACUGCUCAAACAAAUCUCACACAACACACAAUCUCAAAUCUCAAUCGGCAUCGAAUCCGGUCAACCAACCCAGUAGAAACAACACACAUUCGAAAUCUCAAUCUGUAACUGAAACACAGAGUUCUGCGUUCUGACCACUGAGUUCUAUCGAUGAGUUAAAGCGAAAAAGUCGCCAAACACAAAAAGUGCCAAGUGUUAGAAGUGCUAAAUGAAAUUCGAAAAAAAAAAAAAUCGAAGUAAAUAACCAAAUAAAACGCAGUUAGCCCCACGCUAGUCAAGCUAAGCAAACGUGUUAAACCAAGCAAAUUGCCGUCGGAUUUUUUACUUAACCCAAAGCUGAAAUAAACUUGUUGAGCGCGCUCGAGGGCCACGCCCCCCCUCACAAAAAAAAAGCUAAAACCGCCGAUCCCGAGAAAAAAAGAAAAUAAACGAUAUAGAAUAUUUUUGCGCCUGCCACGUUGCCCGUAAAAGACGUCAAGACGGUUGCCUCACGGUUCGAGUGGAAUGAGCAUAGGGACCCUGGUCUUCCUUUCGAUCGAUCGGUGUACAAAGUCGUUAAACUGAGCCCCAACUUGGAGCCCUACCCCGCCAGCGUGGAGGGCCUGAACAGCCCCAGAGCGGUGGGGAUGGCCGCGACCUCGUACAUGACGCCGCCGAGCGGUGAUCUGGACAUGGCCCUCGGAGGCGGUGGCUAUCACACCUCGUCGCCGCGUUCGGCUGCGGAUGCCGGUGAGAUGAAGUACAUGCAGCACCAUCAUCAUCAUCAUGCUGCCGCUGCGGCAGCUGCCCACCAUCAGUUGCCCUCAUCGCCAUCGCCCAAUGGCCAGGGCAAUGGAGGCGGUUUGGGACUGGGUCCCGGUUCCGGAUUGGGCUCAUGGAGUGCCCUGCAUCCGGAUCCGUGGAUGCAAACGCAUCAUACGCACCAUCUGCCCGCCGCCGCUGCCGUUGCCUCGGCCGCCGAUACCGUCAAGCAGGAGAUGUCGCAUCUCUCGCAGCAGACGCGCAUCCAACAGGGCAUGGCCUCGCCCCAUGCCGCCUGGCACGCCCCCCAUGCGGGACACUAUGCGCCCACGGGCGGAUCACCGUUGCAGUACCAUCAUGCCAUGAACGGAAUGUUGCAUCAUCCGGCUCAUGCAGCCGCAGCGGCCCAUCAUCAGAGUGUGGCGCCACUGCAUCAUGCGCUGCGCGGUGAAUCGCCACAGCUGCACAUACAUCAUCACAUGGGCGGCGGCGAUCGGGAUGCCAUAAGCGGCGGCGAGGAGGACACCCCCACGUCCGAUGAUCUGGAGGCCUUUGCCAAGCAGUUCAAGCAGCGCCGCAUCAAGCUGGGCUUCACCCAGGCCGAUGUGGGCCUGGCACUGGGCACACUCUAUGGCAAUGUGUUCUCGCAGACGACCAUCUGCCGAUUUGAGGCACUGCAGCUGAGCUUCAAGAACAUGUGCAAGCUGAAGCCGCUGCUGCAGAAGUGGCUGGAGGAGGCGGACUCCACAACGGGCUCACCCACGUCCAUUGACAAGAUCGCCGCUCAGGGGCGUAAGCGCAAGAAACGCACCAGCAUCGAGGUGAGCGUGAAGGGGGCACUGGAGCAGCAUUUCCACAAGCAGCCGAAGCCGUCCGCCCAGGAGAUAACCUCGCUGGCCGACUCCUUGCAGCUGGAGAAGGAGGUGGUGCGCGUGUGGUUCUGCAAUCGGCGGCAGAAGGAGAAGCGCAUGACGCCGCCAAAUACGCUCGGCGGCGACAUGAUGGACGGCAUGCCGCCGGGCCAUAUGCAUCACGGUGGCUACCAUCCGCAUCACGAUAUGCACGGCAGUCCGAUGGGCACACACUCCCACUCGCACAGUCCGCCGAUGCUGAGUCCACAGAAUAUGCAAUCGUCGGCGGUAGCGGCGCAUCAGUUGGCGGCCCACUAGCAAUCAGAAAUCCAGGAGUCGAACUCAGCUGCAGCUGCGUCCACUCCUGCAUCCCUCAAUAGUCUAAGCCAGCAGCAACAGCAGCAGCAGCAGCAACAGCAACAGCAGCAGCAGCAGCAACACCAGCAACAGCAGCAACAUCAGCAGCAGCAGCAGCACACACCGAAUACGCCAUCCUCCAGUGCGGGAUCAUCGGCUACGAUGACCAGCCAGGUGAUGUCGCCGCAGAGUCCGCUGGGCAGCUCCUCCGCUGGCAAUCAGGCUAACAAUAAUAACAACAAUAGCAGCACCAACAACAACAAUAAUAACAACAAUAACAACAACAACGAGGAGCAAGUCAAACACCACCAGCAGCAACAGCAACAACAGCAGGCAUCCAGCAUAGCAGCCGCUGCAGCAGCCGCCAUGUACAUGGAUCCCAUGCGCUACCAGCAUCCGCACCACCCGCAUCCGCAUCCGCACCAGCAUCCGCACCUGAAUCCCGCCCACCAUCCGCACCUGUUCCACACGAGCGAUCAGCUGCAGCACUCGCAGCAGCAGACCGUCGGCGGCACCAGCAGCAACUCCCAACUGUCACCGGGUGCCGGCAGCAACAGUGGGCUGCCACUGCAGCCGCCCAGCUCCGCCUCGCCGGCCGGAUCCGCAUCCUCGGUGCUCGGUGGCCAUCUCAAUUUGAAUCCGCUGCACCAGCACCACCACUAUCAGCACCACCAUCACCAGCAGCACCACCACCACCAGCAGCAGCAGCAGCAGCUGCACGCCCGCCGCCUCUUCGAGUUGAGUCUGCAGUUUGGAGCGGCGGCGGCACCGGGAGCGGUACGGCACUUCAACAGCUUUGGCGGGGCGGGCGGUGCGGGUGGGGAAUAGCAUUCGUCGGCCGCCUGGUUCGGCUAUGAGUCCUCCUAGGACUCGGCGUCGAACGGGUGGCCGCAAUUCAAGCGGGAGCAGCCCUAGAAUCGUACAGUCGAACUUCUCUAACGCGAACUUGGUUGGUUCGGUUCGCUUGAUCGCAGAAGUAGCUAUCUAAAAUUUAACUAGCUAUGAACAUUUUUCAAUACUUCGUAAGUCGAAAGAAUAUUUUUGGAAUUUUUCUAUAACUCAAUUUUUUGGAAAUUUCAAAAUCUUAAAAUCUGUUACUAAAUUUAGCGACGGAAAAACAUUAUUUAAAUCAUAUAUGUUAUUUAAUGUUAUUUAAAUCAUAUAUUUAAACAAAACUUUAACUAUUUCGACCAUUCUGAGAUCCACGUUAGACAAGCUCGACUGUAUGCAGAUCUUUAAAGAAUAGAAAUAGAUGAGGUCCGUCGAUGAGGUUGAGAAAUCAUCUUUUUUACCAGUGCAUUAAUCUGUGUUAAACUUCAGCUUAAAUAGGAGCAGGGAGUGGAGGAGAUGGGGAGGCUGCCAUCCACCAUUUUAGUUUGUUUUAAAGUUUGAAAAACUUGCUUAAAUUAAAUCAAAUUAACUAAAUUAAAAUGUAAACGAAAAUUUCCUUUGUAUAAAAGCGAAAGAAACACGCAAUUCAAAUCAAACGUGAAACCAAGUGAUGUUGUUUUAACCUAAAAACUAAAUGCUAAAAAAUUAAACUAAAUGAUACAAAAACAGAAAAAAAACUAGUUAAAAGUGCGACCCAAGUGUUAAAGAAACCAAAAAAGAAAAAAAGACAAGCAAAGAAAACAAAUUCCUCAGCUGCUCUCCAAAAGCAAGGUAAAUGUUUCCAUGCCCAAAAGUCCACAAAAUAUUUUUUCGUUCAACACUUUGUCGCCGUUUAGAUCAAGUAAAAAAGGCUCAAUAGAAAUGAAGGCAGCAGCAGUAGGAGAACUCGGUGGGUUCUAGAUAGGGUUUAGGUUCUUAAGCAAGCCGUGUUUAUAUAUAUUAUAUAUAUAUAGCCAGUAGAUUGUACUCUAAAAAAUCUAUAAACAAACAGAACGUAAAACAGAAAUCGAAAAACGUAGAAUUUAACGCGCGGCGAAGUAAGCAAAAAUACGAGAUGAAGGUGGAUUAAGUAAAAUAUGAGAAAAAAAAAACCCAAAACAUCUGUAAAUAAAAAACUUACAGUUAAGUCAUAUUUUUUAGCUUUAAAUGCAAUUGUAGAUUUUUUAAUAAGCCCCCCUAAGAAAAAAUCAUAAAAAUACAACCACAAGCGAAAAAAAAGUAAACAACAUUUACAAAAUAUAAAUUUUAAUUUUUAGGCGGUAAUUUUUAAAGAAUAGGCACGUGAAGUUUAGUUACUUAGUACUGUACUUUCUAUAUAAGCAAGGAAAUCGAAUGGAAAACGAAAAAGAAUAUAGCUAAAUCUUAAAAUUUAAAGAAAACCAAUAAUAAUCAAAUACCACAAAUGCUAAAUUGUAAUAUAUUAAUUGAUGUACAUUAAAACAAAAGGCAAACUAAAUGCUAAACAACAAACUUGAAAUUAUUUCAACAACAAAAAUAAACGAAAAUUGUGUAAAAAAAUCCUCUUUGUGUUUUUUGAUAUACGUUUACAUUUUAGUCCACCUUUUCUAUUUUCUUAUAUACAAAACAAAAAAAAAAGGAUAUCGAACCUUAUCUUUUGGUGUAACUUUAUAUUAUAGAACUUAACGAAAUUUUUGUUUAGUGUACUUUGUUUUUGGUAUGUUGAAAACUAUGCUGUAAGAGCGAGAGAAGCGAAGCCGAAUAUUUAAGAUUAAGCCAUGCCCUCAACUGUAUAAUAAAUUAUAUAGACGUACAUAUAUACAAGUAUGCAACAGCAAAGUCAACAAAGCGGUGCAUUUCCACCCACACACACACAUCCACACCGAGGAAAACCAA